AUGUCGAGCUCAGCCGGCCCCGUAGCUUCGUCUGAAGGCUACCGAUACGAUGUCUCGAGAAACCUCGUUACUGCCGGCCUAGCAACACAAGCAGUGAAACCCUCAUCCAAUUACAUCGGUCGAUCUUACGAUGCAAUCGUAAUUGGGGCCGGCUUCACCGGCCUUGCAGCCGCGCGAGAUCUCUCCGUAGCGGGGAAACACGUGCUGUUGCUCGAGGCACGCGACCGCAUUGGUGGCCGCACAUGGACAGCUCAGGUCGAUGGCCACAACACAGAAAUGGGAGGGACCUGGAUCCAUUGGCUUCAGCCACAUGUUUGGGCUGAAGUAACGCGGUACGGUCUUGUAGAUGGGGUCAAGAUUAGUUCGGGCACGUCUAAUGAAGCCGAUGUGUCUUAUCUCAAUGACACCAAGGACGGCUUCGUCAAGGAACGGCCGGAGAUAACCGACCUACGCCUAUUACCGCUAAUGUUUAAAUUUAUGGACAUCGAUGGAGCAGGUGGCCGGACGUUGUUCCCUCAACCCUAUCAGCCGAUGCAGUGUGCUGAUUUGUGGACCUCGUGGGAUAUCAGCCUACAGGAGCGUGCCGACCAGCUCGAUAUCAGCAUUGAAGACCGUGACUUUCUCCUAUCGUGGCUUUGCAUCAACGCUUGUUCUUCUGCGGCUGAAAGCUCCUUCCUCAACAUGUUGAGACUGUAUGCUCUCUCGGGCUAUGAUUUCAACACUUUCAUGGAAAUCUGCGGGAAAAUGAAGCUGAAGGAGGGCACGACUACACUGGCGUCAGCGAUUUACUCAGAGUAUAAGGGUGCCUCUCUGUUCAAUCGCGUUGUAAAGUCUGUGCUGAGCACCGAUGGAGAGGUUGAGGUGGCUACAAAAGCCGGAGAUGUCUUUCACGCGAAGCAUGUAAUUUGCACUAUCCCCCUCCACUGCCUAUCCGACGUGGAAUUCUCCCCGUCUCUACCACAGGCCUUUAAGACAACUAAACAUGCAAACCUCGGUGCCAAGGUCCAUAUACACUCGUCUUUGUCGGUAGAUCCGUGGUUUGGUAUAAGUGAUGGCAAUCACUCUGUCUGUGCCGUCUUCACAGAGUCUCCAUCUGCUCAGGGUGGAACGCAUCUGGUGUCCUUCGGCAUCUCUGACAAACUCAUCGCGCAGCACCAUAUUAAGGACAAUCCAAAGGCAUAUAUUCUCGCCCUACAGAAUGAUGUUGUCCCAAAGUCAGUCCGUAUCGAGCCUACUCAUAUAACCUGGCACGACUGGACACGUGAUGAGUUUGCGAAAGGUGCAUGGGCAUCCUACGGCCCAAAACAGCUGAGUGGCGGGUUGGGGGAGAUCACGAUGAACCCGAGGCUGUCUGAUAGAAUCAUCCUGGCCAAUGCAGAUUGGGCAACUGGUUGGGUUGGCUACAUUGAUGGUGCCUUGGAGAUGGGAAGAAAGGCAGGCAGAGAUACAGCCUUGGAGCUGGAUCGCAUCGCUGGUUAA